CACUCUUCCACCAACGACAAUCCAUUGACGAGGAAGACAGAGCAAACAUGGUCCGCCACAAGAAAGACUUCAAAGGCGCCAAGUCCAAGCACGGCGGCGGUGCAAAAACAUUCGCACAGCACACGAACCCCGACAAUCCCUCCAGCACCACGCACAAACGCCCCUCGUUCAAAGCUGCGGCGUGGGACUUGAACCACUGCGAUGCCAAGCGCUGCUCCGGCAAACGUUUGAUGCGGCUUGGUCUGAUGCGCGAACUGCACGUCGGCCAAAAACAUCAAGGACUCGUCAUCUCCCCCAAGGGAAAACAACUCUGCAGUCCCGCCGAUCGCGACAUCUUGGAGCAAUACGGUGCGGCUGUGGUUGAAGCGAGUUGGAAUCGCAUCGAGGAAGUCCCUUUCAACCGCAUCGGAGGACCCAAUCCUCGACUCUUGCCAUAUCUCAUUGCUGCAAACCCGACAAACUAUGGGAAACCGUGGAGAUUAAACUGUGUCGAAGCCUUGGCCGCCACUUUCGCCAUAUGUGGGCACUUGGACUGGGCCGAGGAGAUCUUGGGCACGUUUAGUUACGGACAGUCGUUUCUGGAUAUCAACGAGGAGGUGUUGAAGAGGUAUGCGGAGGCGGGAGACGAGGAGGGCGUGAAGAAGGCCGAGGAGGAUUGGUUGCAGAAGAUUGAGAAUGAGUGGAAGGAAGAUCGGGAGGAGCGGGAGGCGAAUAAGGAGGAUGCGUGGAGGGGUGGGAAUCUGAAUCACAGGCAGCCUAGACUGACUGGUGAUGGGGAUAGCGAUGACGAUGACGAUGAUGGGAGCGAACACGGCAGCGACACAAGUAGUCUGGGAGGGAUACAACUCGGCGGACCCAAACCUGGCGAGAAGAGUCGGAUCCACGGUAACACAGCAGAAGCAGGCGGCUCCGGAGAAGAAGAAGACGGGAAUGAUGAUGACGAGGAGAGAGAUCCAUACGGCCUACCACCCGACGACGAUGACGACGAAGAAGAAAUGGCCGAGCUACGAAGAAGAGUCCUCGCAUCCAAACCCUUCACCAACAACACCAACAAAGCAGAUCCAUCCUCAACAGAGAAACCCCCUCUAGAACGCAUACAACGUCCCACUGCAGAAUCCCAGCAAGAUGUACCCGUCGACUCCGACGCCGAAUCUGGCUCCGAUAUCAAUCUCAACGACGACGACGCCGAUUUCGAUAACAUCAUGAACGCCGCUCCCGUCACCGACCGCGCCGGCAUCACUGCUGCUCAACGAAAACGCGCCAUGGAGAAGGAAGGAAAACUGAGUGCAACUUUCAGUCGAGCGGUGAUUGAUGCGUCGAGUAAGAGUUUGGGGAGUCGUUGAAAAUGAAAAAUCUCCAUCGAGUUGAUAUGGUGGCUAGAUAUCCUGCCUGGUAGUGAAUGAUUGGGUGAUUUAUUGCAGGAGACGAACCUUUAGACCUUCUAGAGAUACAUGUAUAUACUCUCCCUGCCAUAAGCGGGCAGUUUUAUCAUGAAGCAAU